GACAAUUGUCACUAAGAGUGUGGGUCUCUGACGGGUAACACUAGGUAGUUUGUGAGUGCACAUACAAACCUGUAACAAACUACAAACAUAUUCUCAAUUUCCGAUAUAUAAGUUAACGAGUUAUUUUCAUACUAACACAGGAAGACUGACUUGGACUUCGAGGGGUGUGACUGUUCGCGAGGUUGGCAGGCGCGCGCGUCAAGCUGUCUGUACAAAAGACACUGCAUCAGGCUAUGUACUAUCUAAAGCCAGUGACAAAGAAAAAAUCACAAAAGAUUGUAAAAAGGUAGACUUCUUGAGCUGGUCGUGAAUAACCACGAGAACCAAGAACCAAACAGAGAAGCUCAUUCUUUGUUUUCUCGACGCUGUUCGCAGCUGAGAAGAUUAUGUGAGAGACGAGCACAGGUUUUGAAUGCUGUGCGAAGAUAGAAUGUGUGGGAAGGGCAUGAUAUGCGACUGGGGGAUCUACAGCAACCGAAUCUCAAACAAAGACAAGCUCAAGGAUGAGGCAAGGGGAGGCAACAGCAAACACAGCUGGUACAAAUGUGGAAGGAGGCAAGGAUAUCGUGGGAGAAGAGGGCACCAUCCUGGGUUUCGCCGACAUCAACCAAGACCGCGACAGUCUACUGUUUCUUUGCGUCCAGCCAACAUCCAGGGCAACAGAGCACCGGGUAUGAGAGCCCCGAGAAACACCAACCAGUUCCUCAUGCAUGAAAAAUAUCAGAUGAUGCAUAUGCGUUCAGACUCGGUUGGCACAGACAGUGGGUCUGACUGCGAAAUGGAUUUUGCGGAUAUGGACUCUUAUCUCGGCGUGCUGGAGAACGCUAGAGGCGCACUUCUGGACAGUCCCGAUCUCCCCUCACCACCUACAGCGCGAUUUUGUGCACGACAGCUGGACGACUGUCAAACGUUUUCCAUAUUCAGCUUCAACGAACUGGACCAAGAAGAAAGUAUGCAGUACUUUCCGUCUGAAAACGAUGUCAUGCAGAGUGAAGAUUUCAUGCAGAAAGACUUUAAAGAGUUCUGUGACGCAGUGGCAACCGUGGUGGCACCUUGUAUGUAGGGGACCUACCACAGGUAAAAUAUGUACAGUUUGUGCUUUAUAAACGUUGUUCAACCAGAAUUAUUUAUUGCAUUAUUGCAAACCGUUUGCAUUUGUCACGCCAUUCACGAUGUUUAUUAGUCUACUAUGUUUUGUUACGAAAGUCAGGCUCUGAAGUAGGAGUGAAACUAACCAGCCAAUCAGAAUGGAUAUCACUUUAUCGCUUGUGACAAACGGAGCCAUGUCUCAUGCUCUUGAGAGACGCUUUGUAAAUGUUUUCAGAAAUAAAAUUACAUGUUUAUGAA